CGCGGCGGUUGAUUGACUCGACUUGUAGUAGCUUGCCGCCUCCGCGAAUUUCUAUGGUUAUAUUCGCGCCUAACAUAUAAGUAUUUAUUUAUUGUUUAAUGUGAAUUACAUUCCACUAUGGGUGCCUAUUUAUCUGAACCUGUUACUGAAAAAGUGUCCAGCGAUGAAGCGAACGAUAAACUCGAAUGCGGUGCAAGCUCCAUGCAAGGAUGGCGUGUCAAUCAAGAGGAUGCACAUAACACAAUUUUGGACUUUGAUGUCAAUACAUCCCUUUUUGCGGUGUAUGACGGUCAUGGAGGUGCUGAGGUUGCCACAUAUUGUUCACAAAAUCUACCAAACUACAUAAAAAACACAGAUGCUUAUAAAAGUGGAGAUUAUACAAAAGCCUUAGAAGAUGCAUUUCUUGGUUUUGAUGCAACAAUUGCUACAAAAGAAGUUAUGGAUAUCCUCAAAGUAUUAGCAGGUGAAAUAAAUCCACCAGGCUCCAGCGACAAUGAGGAAGAAUCUGAUGAUGAAAAUGUAACCAACUUGUACCAAGAAGCACAUCUACCUUUGCAGGAGGUGUUGGCUAAAUAUGAAAACAAAUUAAGUUCACUUCAUCGAAAUAGACUUGGAGACACAGCUACGCCACUCUCGCCAUGUCUACGUGCCAAGAAGAAUGUUGAUGAACAGGAUGCCGCAGGUGCCUCCAGUGACUUAGGAUUAGGAUGCUCAUCAGCUGCAGGUUCAAGCUCCGAACAGUCUAAUCAAGGAGCUUCAUCUAGCAAAAAUGGACUUAUUGCACAGGAAGAUAUCAAGAUGAACACAGAAGACGACACUGGGGGAGUCUCAUCUACAAGUUCCAAUGAAAAAGACAAAGAAACAAAUGGAGAGGUAUCAACAAGUGACCCAGAUACCAUUGCAAAAGAUCCCAUUGCUGUAGAACCUGAGAAAAUAAACUCAGCGGCACCAGACAGUUCUGAUGACAAUUUUCACCAGCCUGAACAAAGUGAAAAUAUUAAAAUCUGUGAUGCGGCUCCUAGGAAUAGUUCUGAUGUUUGCAAUGGAGAAGUUUCGGAUUCAAAAGAAGCUGAAGGGGAGGACAACAAUAUUUCAUCAUCUAAUGGAUCUGCCACGCCAGUCAAGUCUGGGAAAGCUAAAGAUAAAACUUCGCCAGUAUCAAGUUCUGAAAAAGAAGCUCCAGAAAGACCAAAGAAGGCCAAAUUACGACGAGCAGCUGCUGCUGUAUAUGAAUCAUUGCUGCUAGAGGCUGAGGAAGAUGAUGAAAGUGAUUCGAAUGAUGAGACAUUUGAAGGAGGUGAAGUUAAUUCGUCUGAUGAAGAAAAUGUGAAUGGCAAUGAAGAUUCUUCCAAUGAAGAUGGAGUUGAAGAGGAAGAUGACGAGGAAGAUUAUGAAGGUGAUUCUAGUGAUGAAGAAGGUGAAGAAGAUUUGAGCAUGACUGAGGAACCUGGUAAUGACAGUGGAUGUACAGCAGUGGUGGCAUUGCUAAGAGGUAAUGAGUUAUAUGUAGCGAACGCAGGCGAUUCGCGUUGUAUUCUCUGCAGAGAUGGCACUGCAAUUGAUAUGUCAAUUGAUCACAAACCUGAAGACUUGCCAGAACUCGAACGUAUAACUAAAGCAGGCGGAAAAGUUUCUAAUGACGGUCGAAUUAACGGCGGAUUAAAUCUUUCACGAGCUAUUGGCGACCAUUCGUACAAGCAAAACAAAGACCUUGGUGCUAAAGAGCAAAUGAUCACAGCACUACCUGACGUGAAGAAAUUAUUAAUAGAUCCAAUCAAAGACCAGUUCAUGGUUUUAGCUUGUGACGGAAUUUGGAAUUAUAUGUCUAGUCAAGAUGUUUGCAAUUUCAUUUUGCCGCGAUUGGCAGAAGGCAGGGACAAACUGUCGCAAAUAUGUGAAGAGAUGUUUGAUCACUGUUUAGCACCAAGCACAAUGGGAGAUGGCACGGGCUGUGAUAAUAUGACAGCUAUUAUAGUACGAUUUAAAGAUGGAGCCAUUGCUGAAAUUGGACAGCAUAAUAAUACCAUUGUUUCAAAAAAACGCACAGCUGAAGAUGAACCUAGUGAAGAAAACAAACAGGAACCUAAAAGGCAAAAAACCGAUGAUUCUCUUUCAAGUUCAGUAGUGACUUCAAGUGUUUAAGACUAAGAUCUAUUAGUGCUGUAACCACACAUAGUAUUGUGAAAUAUAUCGAAGGGGACUUAUAAUUUAUAUUUUACGGAAUAGGCAUUGUAUGUAGUAACUAAGGUUCUUUUACAAAAAAAUACAAACUUUUUUUUGUAACAUACCCUUUUUUCAGUAACGAAUCUCCCUCGGAAGCGAUCAGUUAAUGUUUGCCACAAUUAUGUUGCUGAUAUUAAAACUCAAAUAGAUAUCCAUUACAAAUUUCAUAAAUAACAAUUCUUUUAAAAAUGUACUUUGUGCAGCCAGUUAGUGUAGUGAAAUGAUGUUCUAGAUAUUGCUUGUUAAAUAGUAAUGAUCUUAACAUAAUAUAUUGAGCUCAAUUUAAUACAAGCAUUAACUUUAAAAAUACAUUUUACUUCUGCAACUUGUAGUAAAGUAUUGUUUAGAUCCUUUUCUAAAUUUUAUAGAACAAAAGUGUGUUGUAUGCAGGUUCUGAGGGCAGUAUUCCCAUAGACAAACAUAAAAAAAUACUACCUAAAUAUAUUGAGGAAAAUGAUCUAUUUGCUAUUGAAAGUAUCAUUUUAUCGGUUUGAUACUUUGUGAGUCCACAAUGCAAAGCACAUCAGCUAAUAUUGGCUUCCACCUUUGUUAAGGAAGUUCAUUUUCCUUUUGGCUUAUGGAUUGAAUGUCUUACACUCUGUGAGUUGUGCCAGUUCUAGUAUAAUAAUAAAAAAGACUUAUGGUCUCUUUUAUAAAUACUUAUCAGACCUUUAUACAUACCUGUGAUAUAAAGAUUUUCACAUACUUGAAUAACAAAUGGUCUUAGCUGGUUUAUAAAGCUCCAGUAACUCACUAUGAAUAAGACCUUAAUUUAUGUAUUAUUGGUGAAUAAUACAAAAUAAUGUUAAAAGCUUAAAUGAUAACAUAUUAAGGCAACUGAUGAUUAGAGAAUACACAAUGAGGGAGGAAAUUUGCCGGUAAUGUUAAAUGACAUCAGAACUGAAUUUUGACUAUAGCAAUUAGUUUGUAAGCUGUAAUUUGUAAGUUUAAAAAAAUCAAAAUGGUGUAGUAAUGUUGAAUCAGCUUAUACCUGCAUGUGGUUAUUAAAUUGUUGGUUAAAUAAUCAUACACCGGCUGAAAUUGUAAAGCAUAUGAAUGUUAUCAAAUUCAUGCUGGAAAAAUAUUUCGUUCUUUUAAAACUUGACUUGAUUUGUGGUAUGUUGAGCUGCCCAAUUUUUUGUAAUUUUUAUAAAUUAUGUUGUGAAUAGUCAUAAUGCGUUUAUCUCAAUAUAUAAGCAUAUUUGAAUUAAAUUAAUGUCAACGUUUACCUGUAUCUACAUAAAAAUAAUUCUAUAAAAGGGAUUGUAACUUAAAUUUCAUUAAUGAUUAUACAUUUUAGUAAUAAGUAGUAGUAUUUUUGUAAUAACGAAGUGUAAUAGAGUUUCCUCGUGUAGUACCUUAUCAGAUAUCUAUAUGACGGAUUUGAUUUGACAAAUUAUUGGAAAACCCCAAAUUCAGUAGCAAGAGGAGCUAGCUUGUUUUCUUUUCCUGUGUGUUUCAAUGAAAAUUACACUUUACAGACUGAA